AUGAGUAAUAAUAAUAAUACCAAAAACUCUAUAACUGAUUUAAUAAAGCCCAAAAAGAAAAGAAAUCAAAUAAAUGCAAUUGCAGCAAGAAAACAAAACAAACCUUAUGUUAUCUUAGUUGAAAAAAACCUUGCAGGAGCCAGCUCAACUAAGAAACGCAAAAGAGAUGACAACCAGCAAAUAUCGCCUAUUGAAAACUCAGCCGAUUCAAGUAUACCAAAUGCAUUUUUAAGUCCCAUUAUGUUGUCAUAUUUAGUUACACCAAAAAAUCUACAACCAGAUACUACAUUAGAUAACAUGGUAAAUGAUGCAUCAAAGUCUAAAUCCUCAUAUUUUCAUGAUCCAGAACCUAACAAUGAAAAUAAUAAUGAGUAUGAUGAUAAUAUUUGGGAAAUGGAGUAUGAUGAUGAUAUUAAUAACAUAGAUCAAGAGGAAGAAAGUUCCCCUAAAAACAAUAGUGGUGGUGAUGAUGAUGAGGAACAUCAUAUUUAUGAUAUAGAUCAGAAGGGAGAAGAUAAUCCAAUAUUAAAAUGUCGCAAUAAAUGUAAUAAUCCACUCUUAACUCUUAAGAAAAAUAAAAAUGGAAUAAUUGCUGUAUCUCAUAUGCUCUAUUUAAAACCAAGUAUUCGUUAG